CGUCCUCACUCCGAGCCUGAGGAUUCCGCUUCCACAUCGCUUUUGACCUCCAGCUCCUCUCCCAUCUCACUCCCUCAAGAUGGUCGUCUACUACCAGAUCGCCGGCAAGAAGGUCGGCUCCCACGUCCUCUCCAUGGCUGUCCUCGGCUCCAUGUUCGCCGGCUCUUACCUCGCCCUGAGCGGUGGCUCCAAGCCCAAGACCGCCGCUGGUCCCCCGAUCAACGCUUCUUCCAAGGAAGAGGGUGACUUCAUCCAAAAUUUCCUGAAGGAGGUCGACGGCGACAAGAAGUCGGAGAAGCACUAA